AUUUGCUAUUCCAAAGAGCAUAUCUGAGCUUUGCUAUCCCAAAGAUCUUAGCUAAGAAAACAUGGUGGCUGUGAAUGACAUCCGCAAGGUUCAACAAAGGGCAGAAGGCCCAGCAACCGUGUUGGCGAUUGGCACAGCAAAUCCACCAAAUUGUGUUGAUCAGAGUACAUAUGCAGAUUAUUAUUUCAGAGUAACUAAUAGCGAACACAUGACUGACCUAAAGAAAAAGUUCCAACGUAUUUGUGAGAGGACAAUGAUCAAGAACAGACAUAUGUACUUAACAGAAGAGAUAUUAAAAGAGAACCCCAAUAUGUGCGCAUACAAGGCACCGUCGUUGGAUGCAAGGGAAGACAUGAUGAUCAGAGAGGUACCAAGGGUUGGAAAAGAGGCAGCAACCAAGGCCAUCAAGGAAUGGGGUCAGCCAAUGUCUAAGAUCACACAUUUGAUCUUCUGUACCACCAGCGGCGUUGCAUUGCCCGGCGUUGAUUACGAACUCAUCGUACUCUUAGGGCUCGACCCAUGCGUCAAGAGGUACAUGAUGUACCACCAAGGUUGCUUCGCUGGCGGCACUGUCCUUCGCUUGGCUAAGGACUUGGCUGAAAACAACAAAGAUGCUCGUGUGCUUAUCGUUUGUUCUGAGAAUACUGCAGUUACUUUCCGUGGUCCUAGUGAAACAGACAUGGAUAGUCUUGUAGGGCAAGCAUUAUUUGCGGAUGGAGCUGCUGCGAUUAUCAUUGGUUCUGAUCCUGUUCCAGAGGUUGAGAAGCCUAUCUUUGAGCUUGUUUCGACCGAUCAAAAACUUGUCCCUGGCAGCCAUGGAGCUAUUGGUGGUCUCCUUCGUGAAGUUGGACUUACAUUCUAUCUUAACAAGAGUGUUCCUGAUAUUAUUUCGCAGAACAUCAACGAAGCACUCAGUAAAGCUUUUGAUCCGUUGGGUAUAUCUGAUUAUAACUCAAUAUUUUGGAUUGCACACCCUGGUGGACGUGCAAUUCUAGACCAAGUUGAACAGAAAGUGAAUUUGAAGCCAGAGAAAAUGAAAGCCACUAGAGAUGUGCUUAGCAAUUACGGUAACAUGUCAAGUGCAUGUGUGUUCUUCAUUAUGGAUUUGAUGAGAAAGAAAUCCCUUGAAAGAGGGCUUAAAACCACCGGAGAAGGACUUGAUUGGGGUGUACUUUUUGGAUUUGGUCCUGGUCUUACUAUUGAAACUGUUGUUCUCCGCAGCGUGGCCAUAUGAUACAUAUAAUUAUAUGUCUCUGCAUGUAUACGACUAUGUUAUUUUUUAAUAAUUUUCUUUUUCUCUAAAAUAUGGCCCAGAUUGACCCAUAUAGAAUAUUAGAUGAAUGAAAACUUAGAUAAAAAUGUCUAAAGUUAGAUGAAUGAAAACUUAGAUAAAAAUGUCUAAAGUUAAUUCUUUAUGUUUAAGAAUUCAAUACCAAAGUUUGUAACUAAUAUAUAUCAAAUUCUUUUCGAUUGAGCAACAUGAUAGAUACCAAUAUUUGGAUUG